AUGUCAACACCACUGUUGCUGAGUUGCUACAGCGAGCAGCCCAGAUGAUAAGCGAUGGGAAUACACACAGCACACCAUCGACGAACAUCCCGGUGACGGGCCCAUCUAGCUCAGUUGUUGACGAGCACCGCAGGUUGUUCAAUCGACAACUGAGGGUCCACCCUUACGCGAGCAGGCGGCAGAACCGCGUAACCAGUUCCUCCCAUAGAGCACAGAGAGUCCCAGAAAAUAGAGAAAAAACCAUUACCAGAACUUUUGUUUGUCUCGCUGGGCGUGACCAGCUCACCGUUCCAACCAACCGCGAGAAGCUUUUAUUAAAAGAAAAUGGCCUUGGAGAGAAAAAGUUGCAGAUCCCCACGAAUGCAUCGAAGGAGCAGGUCAAGGAGGUUUUGUACAAGGCCUUCCGUCCAUUACAAAGUUGUGGCGGAUUCGAAAUGCUGUUGUGCGCAGACAACUCGCGCACUAGGUUACAAGUUGUAAAGUAUGGGUCGUGCAAUACCGACGAACUUAGGUGUUUGGGCAUGGGCCGAGUUUAUAUUCGGCCCAUACAAGUAGAUAUAACUUUGGGCGACAUUAUUCAGCAAGUUGCGACUGUAACAGAUCGAACGGUAAAACUCGACCUAGAGUUGUACAAUUACGUACAACUACGUGCAUUACGAUGUCCGCACUAG